AUGGCUCCGCACCGAGACGACUCGCCUCCCGUGCCGUGUGCCGCGGCCGGGCAGAAGGCAUCGACGGCGUCGCACCUGCUCUUCCGUUCCUUCAAAGUCGCCCCUCACAUGGUCUCGUCCGGCUCGGGCAUCCACCUGCGGCUCGCGGACGGACGGAGCGUCAUCGACGCCUGCGCCGGUGCCGCUGUCGCCAUCAUCGGCCACGGAAACGAGGAGGUGCACGAGGCGCUCCUCGAGCAGGCGCGCAAGGUCAGCUACGUGCACACGCAGGCCUACUCGACGCCCGUGGCCGAGGAGCUUGCCAACUUCCUCCUCGACGGCCGACCGCACGGUCUCGACAUGGCAUUUUUCGUCGGCAGCGGCAGCGAGGCGGUCGAGUCGGCCAUGAAGCUCGCGAGGCAGUACCAUUUCGAGAGGAACGAGAGCCGGCGGGUGCAUUUCGUCUCGCGCAGGCAGAGCUACCACGGCAAUUCGAUAUCGGCGCUGUCGGUGUCGUCCAACGUGGCGCGAAAGGUGCCGUACCAAGGGUUCUGCUACCCGCAUGUCUCCCACGUGUCGCCCCCGUACGCCUACCGGUACAAGACGGAGGCGGAGACGGAGGACGACUUCACCGGGCGUCUGCUGCGGGAGCUCGAGGACGAGUUCCUCCGGGUCGGUCCCGAGACGGUCAUCGCCUUCGUCGCCGAGACGGUCAUGGGUGCGACCUCGGGCUGCGUGACGGCGCCGCGGGGAUACUUUAGGGGCGUGCGCUCGCUAUGCGACAAGUACGGCAUCCUGCUGAUCCUCGACGAGAUCAUGUGCGGCACCGGCCGGACCGGCACCUUCUUCGCCUUCGAGCAGGAGGAGGGCGCCAUCGAGCCCGACAUCGUGACGGGCGCCAAGGGGCUCGGGGGCGGCUACGCGACCAUCGCGGCCAUGUACGUGCACGAGCGGGUGAUACGGGCGCUGCGCCGGGGGUCCGACGCCUUCAACCAUGGACACACGUACCAGGCGCACCCCCUCUCGUGCGCGGCCUCGCUCGCGGUGCAGAAGAUCGUGCGGCGGGACGACCUCAUCCGACGCUGCCGGCGGAUGGGCGAGCGGCUCGAGGCGCUGCUCCGGACGGAGCUGGCCGGCUGCCGGUCCGUCGGCGACAUCCGAGGCCGCGGCCUUUUCUGGGCCGUCGAGUUCGUCAAGGACCGGACGACGCGGGAGACGAUGGAUCCGGCCCUCUCCUUCGGCGGCAAAGUCUACCAGGCGGCCUUUGAGCGCGGCGUGGCCGUCUACCCCGGGGCCGGGACGGUCGACGGCGUCCGGGGCGACCACGUGCUGCUGGCGCCGCCGUUUACGGUGACGGAGGAGGAGCUGGCCGUCGUCUGCCGGGUAUUGCGGGAAGCGGUCGAGUCUCAGGAGAAGCUGUAUCUGUGA